CUUGAUUCUGACCAAUUUCUUUUUUUCGAUUUGUAUAUGACUACAGGUGUUCUGACUAGUGAAUUAGCAUUGAAUGCUACUUAUUUAAAUGGUCUGGCCGGUGCUACUCUAGGUAUUCUUCGUAUAAAAAUGUUGAAUGGCUUCCAACAAAAAACUAAAAAGGCAUAUGAAAGUUCCGCUCAAUUUGCUUGUGAGAGCACUAAAAAUAUUCGAACUGUUGCUGCUCUUACUCGUGAAGAAGAUAUAUUAAGAAUUUACCAUAAUAUGCUUGAUGAGCCAAUGCGUCAAG